GACGCUGCUCCCGCACGUGGACUGCGCCCGAGCGCCCUGGAGAGCCAUGCGGCUCACUAUCCGCUCGCUGGACGAGCCAUGGCGAGCACGGCAGAGAGGAGCUGUGCACGAAGCUCCAGAGGCGCUAAGAAGCGCACGCAGCAGACUCCGCCGCGCGUCAGCAUCCCCUCGCCAUCGUCGCUCGUUCUGCUCCUCUCCCUCUCAAAGGGCCCGUCCUGUCCACGGCCAUGCAUCCGAGCGCUGCACGCUGCAACGCAGGUGGCUGGCAUACUUCUUCUAGUGCCGAGCGAGCCGCAGCCAGCUAGAAUGCGUGCUGCAGCUAGGCGACCUCUAUCUGCUGGCCGUCCUGCAUCACCCGGGCCUGUCGCGAGGACGGAGCGUCGUCCGAAGCAGCUCGCCGCUCCAUCGCCCUCGAUAUUCGGCUGAUACGGCCCCCGCUAGGCACAUCCAGGGCGCCUACUCGCUUCCUAGUCCCUCAUCCCGCACGGCCAUCUGCGGAGUCUGUUCCUCGCUCCCUCGCUAACUCACGCCGGAGCCUCCGUCCGCGGCUCGCUUCGGCAGAAGCGCCGGCC